GCCGUCUGGCUCUUCCACCAAAGCCAACGACGUCUAACGGCAGUUGAAAUUGUAAUGCCAACGCAAACGGCACGCGACUGGCGUCGUUCGCGUCGCGUGAAUGAGUGGAUGAACCAAACAACCAACAACAAAUCGAAGCAAAAGUCGGAGCAGAAGUUUGGAUGUGUUCGAUGCUUGUGUAGUACAGUGUAAAUCAUGUUUAAGCGAAACCGAAUGAGCGAAUCGCAAAAGCCAAAGAUGAAAUCAACAGCAACAAGAAAUUGCCAGUCAUAAAAAAAGGGAAACCAAAGUGCUUCCAGCCAUAAACUUCCACAACUGUGGCAGCCACAAACAAAGGACGAACAGAAGGAGAAGGAGAAGCAGCAGCACCAGCCAUGGCCUCUAGCAUCUCCCGGAACGGCGGCUUCUGCGGUGCACUGCAGCGUGCCCCGCCGCCCAUGCCGCCGGGUCUAGCGCGACGCCUCAGCAGCCGCGAAUGCUACGGCGUUGGCAAAGUGAAGGUCAUGCUGCGGGUCUCCGACAGAGCCCCGGACAAGGACUCCAACGGGGAGCCCGAAUUCAUGGCUCUGGACAAGAAGAAGCGUCAGGUGACGCUCACCGAUCCCCGGAAUGUGUGUCCGCCCCCGCAGGCAGCCCAGGAGCGAGGACCCAUGGUGGCAGCGCCCAAAAUGUUUGCAUUUGAUAAUCUCUUCACCGCAGAGGAUAAACAGUCGGAUGUGUGUGCAUCGGCCCUCAGCGAAGUGAUUCCCGCGGUACUGGAGGGCUCCGAUGGCUGCCUGCUGGCGAUGGGCUACCCCUCCACUGGCCAGCCCCACACGGUUUUGGGUGGCGAUGUGGCCACUGGGACUGGGACUGGAACAGGGUCUGUGGCGGCAUGUUCUCUGGGAGCCGCCCCCUGUGCCAUAGCCUGGCUCUACAAGGGCAUCCAGGAGCGGCGGCAGAAGAGCGGAGCUCGAUUCUCAGUGCGCGUUAGCGCUGUGGGCGUUAGUGCCACAAAACCGGAUGCACUCUCCACGGAUUUGCUCAUCUCGCAUGCGGCUGAAUCUGACGACUCCCCGGGGAUUUAUUUGCGUGACGACUUCCUUGGCGGUCCAACGGAACUACGUGCACCCACCGCCGAGCGUGCGGCGCUCUUUCUCGACUCCGCUCUGGCCGGACGCUUAAAAAGUUCCGGUUCUACUUCCACGCCUGCAGGCGGGGGCACGGCCCCCUUGGAGUCCGCCCUCAUCUUUACGCUGCAUGUCUACCAGUACAGCCUGUCCCGCAAGGGGGGUGUGGCUGGCGGUCGGAGCCGUUUACAUAUCAUCGACUUGGGCGGCUGUGCCAAUCGCAGCGGGGGUCUGCCCCUGUCGGGGAUCGGGAACAUACUGCUGGCCAUAUUGUCGGGCCAGAGGCAUCCGCCGCACAAGGACCACCCGCUGACGCCGCUGCUCAAGGACUGCCUGGCGCCCAUCACCUGCCACGUGGCGAUUGUGGCCCACGUCCUGCACGAGCAGAGCUACCAGGAUGCCCUCUCCACCAUUCAGAUUGCCUCCCGCAUCCAUCGCCUGCGCCGCCGCAAGCAUCGUGUCCCCAUGCCCCUGGCCGUAGGCCUCGCACAAGGCCUCAGCGGCGGCGGCGGCUCCUCAGCCGGCUCUGGGGCGGAUCCCUCCAGCUCUGAAAUCUCCGCCGAUACGGUCAUCUAUAUGGGACCCAACGACGAUGCCACCGACGGCGAACAUCCGCCUGUGUAUCUGCCAUCGCUCAGUGCCGGCGACAAUCGGGCGAUAAUGAGCAAGGCCCUCAAGGGUAGUGGCCUGGAGAAGCCGCCAACGCAGAUGAAAGCGGGUCUGUCCAGUCCCAUGAUGAUGAAGAAGGCAAUGGCAGCAGCUGGAGAGAAGGUCAAAAAGCUUCCCGGAAAUAGUCCCAUGGGCAGCCUCAAACGUCAAGCUGCAGCAGGAGCCUGUUCGUCGCCUCUGGUCCCACACGAACAGCAGCAACAGCAACAGCAGAUUGCCCACGGAUCGCCAAUACCCAUACCCCGACAUAUGGUCUCCAAGGGAUCCAAUGUGCCCUCGCCCAAAGGCUCUCCUCUACGUAGAGCGCAUUCCGGAGCCCAUGGCGGUGCACAUCCGGGAGCAGCCUUGGAACAACUGGAAGCAGGCAUGCGAAAGAUCACGGAGGAGCAAUGGAUCGAUGGACCACGAGUGUCCAGAGCCAAAGUGGCGGAGGCACGGCACCUGAUGCGCGAAGUGAAUCACGUGAAGCAGUGCGAGACGUGGGUGGAUGGACCCAAGUCCCUGUCGUGUCGGUCCCUCACGGCCGGUAAUCUCCCAGCGGCUGGGGCUCAGACGCAGGGCUAUGGCUUCAUGGACUCGCACAAGAAGACCAUGAUCCGGCAGUGGGUGGAGACUCAAACGUCGCAAGUCUUCCAGAGUCCGGCCACGGUGUCGGCCAGCAAUUCCCCCACGGCCCUGCAUUGGAAGCUGUCGCAGCUGAAGCAGAAAUCAUUGGAUCUGCCCGAGAGACCUGCAUUCCCUCCCGAACAACAAUCGAUGGAUCUUCCACAGCAGUGCUUCGAGAGCCAGCCCCUCCUCGGCCAGGACAUGUCACUGCCGCCGGAUGGCGAUGAGGAUCAGGAUAGCGGUCCCUCGGAAGUGCCUCCCGCUCUGCCGCUGUUCGACGACCCUUUGGGCUCCAGGGACAUCUCGCACGACAGCCUGCAUCGCAUGCUCUCGCGGCAUGUCUCCAGGGAACAGCUUCACGAGGCCGAUCUGGUGGCCAGUCGUGCCUCCUCCUCGCAUCAUCAGCAUCAACAUCAUCGCCCCUCCUCACAGCGCAGCAUCGACUGUGGGCUGCAGGUCACCGAGGAGGAGAUUGCGCGCACCAUGGCCCGGGAACAGGAGCAUUCAAUGCAUCCGCUUUCGGCUCUUAGCCACUGCGACAAUCUCUCCUUUGUGUCCAGCUUCAAUAUGGCCUGUGAAUCCUUCAGCGAGUGCGGAGAGAGAGCAAGACAUCAGUUCGACCAACUGGCACGCCUCCAUGAGAUCUUCACCUCCCAAUUGGCCAUGGCCGAGGUCACGCCCUCCGCCGCGCUCUUCCGCACGGACGUGAGCAGUGUGUUCAGCGAGCCCGUGUUCCGGUUCAAUGUGGGCCAGAGCAGCGUCUGCAGCGAGCCCGCCUACCGCCUGACGCCGAGUCCGCCCAAGCAGCCGUCGCACAGCCCCAGCCAGGGAUCGCUGCCGAGUCUCAAUGGCAUCAUGGAGAUUGCCGGGAUGGAUGAUUACGCUUUGUUGCGACAGCCGGAUGGCGCCUCCGAUCCGAGUCUGCCCAAAAGCGAGAAGCGUUUCGCGCCACAGCACGACGACAUCUGCGAGCUGGACGAGAAGGCCAUGGCAGCGGCGGUGGGCAAGAGGAACUCCCUGGAGGAUGCCCAGCAUAAGCUCAAUGAGAUCACGAACAUACUGCCACUGGCGGCGCAGUCGAGGCUGCCACUGCUGCCGCUGAACACCAGCUCCGAGGCGUACGACAGCGGCCAUGACUCCAACUCCACGCCGCGUACCUCGAAGCAUUCGGGCAUCUCGCGGCGGGCGGAGAGCGGCUACCACAGUGUGGCCACCGUGCGGGACUCUGACGAGAGCAGCUUCGCCUCGGGCAUGUCCAAGGGUCAGCGGCAUCGCAUCACCAUAUCAGGCGGCGGAGGAGGAGGCUGCGGAGCAGGUGGUGGGGGCUCCGCCACGGGCAACUAUCAGCGGCAUAGCCAUGGCGUCGGCGGCCACAAGAAGCAUCGGCACCGCCAUGAGGGCAACGGCGGCGGCAACAAGGGCCUCUGCAAUUGGCUUCUAACUCCCUUCUCCUGCACAUAUCCAGAGACUGAGGGUGAGAUCAGUGACUUCUAGGCAGCAACAGCGGGAGCAGGAGGAACAGGAGGAUGAGGAGCUUCAGUCCAAACACCCACCAAAAGGAAACCAGAGCUAAGUCCAGCAUUCAAAUGGCCAAAAAAGAGAACAAAAUAAGAAACAAAAAUAUCAUAAACAUUUAGGACAAGAUUAGGAUGAGAAUCAGAAUAAGGAUCGAGAGGAUCACUCAAGUGAAAGUAGAAGAAGAGACACAGCCUUUGGUGGAUCUUUUGAUAGCGACUGAUUAACUUUUACUAGGCGACGGCUGCCACCACAAGACAACAACAAAGACACACACAAUUUUUAAGUAAUCUAAUAACUAACCCAACAACUACCCUAAUAAUAAAAAUAAUAAUAAUAAUACGAUAAACACAUCAUAACUACUGUAUAGUGCGUUUCGCAGCUAUAAGGCAGGUGAAAUGGUUUUCGAAGUGAAAAGCUUUGCAUGGGAUAUUUUUGAAUUUUUUUCUGUAUGAAAAAAAAGAUUCGGUUAUGCAGCAGCGCACAUCGGUUUGUGUUCCGUUUUUGCCAGAAAUCUGCCACAUACACGUGCUUCAGCUUGGUGGCCAGUUGGUAGUGCAACAAUCCCAGUUAUAUAUCGAAUUUUUUCACGCAUGAUUCCCUUGAAAGAAUCUCCUCAACUGAUCUUAAUCAUAUCAAUCUACCCAAAAGAUUUUAUUAUUUUAACGAGUUUCAGAUUAAAUAUGAAUGAAAGAUAUAGAAAAAUUGUAUCUAAAUCGAUGCGCAAUAUUAAUAGAUCUUUCAUUGGAACCAAUAAGCGGAAACUGAGGAACCUAAAAUUUAGGGAAACUACAAAGGAACGUCCUAAUAUUGAUAAAACUUAAAGAAAAUAUUGGAAAUUAAUGGAUUUUUAGGAAGAUAUCAACAAGGGCACUAGAUGGGAGUCAUGCCUGUAUAUUGGAAAAACUUGGAAAAUUUGGAAAGAAAUACUGAUGUCUUUCAAGGCCAAGAUCUGGCUUGGCCUUUCUAAAAGACCUGAAAGAAUAUUUGCAGAUAUUAUACAACAUGAAUCUAUAAAAAUAUGCAAAUAGCAGCCAUACAAGUCUUCCAUUUAAUUACCAUUUCAAAGUCAUUACCAUAAUCUUCAGCUGUCUCAUAGUUGGGCAACGCACUGUACAAUAUAUGCGCUAUAAAUCAAUCGAAUCAAUCAAUCGAAUCAUUCCAUCACUCACUCAAUCACUCACUACAUACACGCAUAAGUUCAAACGGGGCUUUAAAGAGUAUCUUAAGUUGCCAGCUAGCAUAAUGGGGUACAUCAUAUAUUAUUGGGGGGAUGGGAACCAGUAAGAAAGAAGCCUAGAAAAGAGAUCCCAAGACCGCGAGUAUCCCAAAGUUGUAUCUAUUAAAGAAUUAAACAUAAAAUAUACAUACAAUAUAUACAUAUACAUAAUCAGGCUACAAUCACUACGACUUUACAAUGCAGAGAUACAUCUAUAUUCAUACAACAUCUACAAUAUAUAUAUAUAUAUAUAUAUACAUACACGAUAUAUCAUAUAUAUAUAUAGCUAUUUAUUAUUGUUUUAGUCUUGGGUUAUCAGAUAUCGCAUAAGUAUUGCUAAAUGUUGAAUGUUUGCUUAUUCAAACGAUUUAUUGCCAAUUAUAAGUUACAACAAAAUGUUUAAAUUAAUUGUUAGUUAGCUAAAGUUAUACACACAUCUACUACUACUUAAACCAAACCAAAACCAAAACCAAACCAAAAAAAGGAAGAAACGGACUAUAAGGUAGUGAAGAAAGAGAAAGAAAGGUUUUUGCGGACAAGUAGACAAAUGUUAAACAUACAAUUUUGUUGCCAUUUUUGCCUAAAUAAACUAUGUUACAAAACGAACAAAAAA